AUGAAGAGGAAACAGAAGAGGUUUCUGCAGAUGACUUUGUUAUUCACUGUGGCUUUAAUUUUCCUGCCCAAUAUUGGUCUUUGGUCUUUAUACAAGGAUAAACACCUGGUGAAAUCUGCAGAACCUGUGGACCAUCAGACGUUUCCACUGGGCCUGGGAGAGGGGCAAUUCUAUGCGUGGACAGAUGGUCUGAGAAGAAAAGACUGGCAUGACUAUGAAAGCAUUCAGAAAGAGGCUUUGCGCUCAGGGAAAGGUGAACAUGGAAAACCAUACCCCCUUACAGAAGAAUACCAGGAUGACUCAGCUUACAGGGAAAACGGAUUCAAUAUUUUUGUCAGCAACAAAAUUGCUUUAGAGAGGUCUCUGCCAGAUAUCCGUCAUGCUAACUGUAAGCACAAGAUGUACCUUGAAAGGCUGCCAAACACCAGCAUCAUUAUCCCAUUCCACAAUGAAGGCUGGACCUCCCUCCUGCGGACCGUACACAGUAUAAUUAACCGAACCCCAGAGAGUCUGAUAGAGGAAAUCAUUCUAGUUGACGACUUCAGUGAUAGAGAACACUUGAAGGAUAAGUUAGAAGAUUACAUGGCUCGGUUUUCCAAAGUGAGAAUUGUUCGCACCAAGAAAAGGGAAGGACUCAUCCGGACCCGACUCCUGGGAGCUUCUGUGGCCAGAGGAGAGGUGCUGACCUUCCUGGACUCCCACUGUGAGGUCAAUGUGAAUUGGCUGCCCCCGCUCCUCAACCAAAUUGCACUAAACCACAAAACCAUCGUGUGUCCCAUGAUCGAUGUCAUCGACCACAAUCACUUUGGGUAUGAGGCACAAGCUGGGGACGCCAUGCGAGGAGCCUUCGACUGGGAGAUGUACUACAAAAGAAUCCCCAUCCCUCCAGAGCUCCAGAGGACUGAUCCCAGCGACCCUUUUGAGUCUCCUGUUAUGGCUGGAGGUCUCUUCGCAGUGGAUCGAAAGUGGUUUUGGGAACUGGGUGGCUACGACCCAGGCUUAGAGAUCUGGGGAGGCGAGCAGUAUGAAAUCUCUUUUAAGGUUUGGAUGUGUGGAGGAGAAAUGUUUGACGUCCCAUGCUCUAGAGUCGGCCAUAUCUACAGGAAGUAUGUCCCUUACAAAGUUCCUUCUGGGACCAGCCUGGCACGAAACCUGAAGCGAGUGGCUGAGACCUGGAUGGAUGAAUUUGCCGAGUACAUUUACCAGCGGCGGCCAGAGUACAGGCACCUCUCCACCGGGGACAUCUCCGCGCAGAAGGAGUUGCGCAAGAAACUCAAAUGCAAAGACUUCAAAUGGUUCAUGGCUGCGGUGGCCUGGGACGUGCCUAAGUACUACCCUCCGGUAGAGCCCCUGCCUGCAGCGUGGGGGGAGAUUCGGAACCUGGCAGCAAACUUAUGUGUGGACAGCAAGCAUGGAGCCACGGGGACAGAACUGAGGCUGGACGUCUGUGUCAAAGAUGGUUCAGAAAGGACGUGGUCUCAUGAGCAGCUCUUUACUUUUGGGUGGAGAGAAGAUAUCCGACCUGGCGAGCCUCUGCACACCCGAAAAUUCUGCUUCGAUGCGAUCUCACACAGCAGCCCCGUCACGCUCUAUGACUGCCACGGCAUGAAAGGGAACCAGCUCUGGGGAUACCGGAAGGACAGAACACUAUUUCAUCCUGUAAGCAACAGCUGCAUGGACUGCAACCCUGCAGAGAAGAAGAUUUUCAUGGCCAGAUGUGACCCUCUCUCUGAGACUCAGCAAUGGAUUUUUGAACAUAUCAACAUGACUAUUUUAGAAAAAAAUAGCUACCCUGCCAGCUCCUAG